AUGUCUGACUCCAACCAACACAUUACUCCAAUCUUCAACGUCCCUUGCCAAUACAAGGAACCUAUUUCUAUUACCACCUCUCCCAAUGACCACGCACUCAAGGGGCACAAAUCAACAACAAUGGUCAGAGUGGAAAUGUCGCCCCUUCCUCACAAUCACUUGACAACUGUCAUCCCAGCAGGGAAUCAGAUUAGACUCACCAAGGAGUUUCCAGUCUUGGGAUUCAACACUUAUGCCAAGACCCUUGUCUGUCUUGACUGCCACUGCGGGGUGCCAACAAAGGAAGUCACUGGCCACUUGAGCAGCAGCCCCCACAAGAUCAACAACAUCAAUCCAGAUGCGAUCAUUCAAGCCUUCAAAUCAAUCAAUGUCAAGGUUCCUCUUGAUAAUAAACGAACCCCCCCAAAGCAUCCCAUCCCUGGAAGCCGAGGCUCCAUAUGUGGACAUGCGGUCCAAAAGGACAGCUCGAUGAGCAACCAUUUCUCUGAGAUUCAUAAAGAUGAGAGUCAUUUGACAGUCCUAGGAGGAUGGGCUUCCAAUUCAAAACGCACCUACGUCCAACACCUCAGUAACUCGACCAUACGUUACUUUCCUGUGCAGUACUCCGCUCCUGAGCCAGAAGCCAUUCCCGUGACAAAUACACCCCCCUCGUCAAAUCAUCCAAACUCUACACUGCUUGCUUGGGACCAGCUGGCCUCAGCUCUUGACAACCUCGACAUCCUGGGCCAUAAAGAAUCAAUUUCAAUCACUGCUCAGGACAAUCUUACAACCCCAGAGUCCUGCUUUAUGAACUGUUCUGGAAUAUACACGCACAUCACUGCUUGCACCAACCUACUCCAAUGUUCCAUUAUAGAGCUGUACAAAAAAGUUCACUACCCCAAGCUGCUAGCAAAUUGGAAACCUUGGGUGGAGAAAUGGCUCAUUAAUUGCAUGACAGAGCUUCACUCGGUUCAUGAUGCUGUCAGAAUGGAGGCCCUCAGAGAAUCUAUUGACAAUCCUCCAUCAAGAGGACUAAUUCAGCCACUAAAUCAUCAGACCACCAUCAUUCAAUAUGCCUCGAUUGCCGCCGAAUUCAUUAUCUUUACUUUGCAGACAGCUGGUCAACCCCUGGCAACACAUUUUUGGUCCGACGGUGAUACCGAGCUAGCCACCAGUGUGAAAAAGGCAGCAUCUUUGUUGCCGUUAAUCCAAAGUGCUGACCUCAAUUCGGAGCAGGAAUUUGCCAUCAACCUUAAUGUGCUCUUCUGGCAAUCCGUUGGUUUCUCGUGCUCAAUCCUAAAACGAUCUAAAGUUCAGUCAGCGCUGGAGCAGUUCAUUGCCCUCUCAAUGAUCAAGCCCGAUGGAUCCUUCUGUCCGCCAUCCGAAUUGACUCAGACAAUUGCCGCCCUCCAGUACACCAUCCGUGUGGCCACAAUCUUUGUCUGUCUGCGUGCAACAGAGCUGUUUGCAGAAAAUCCUCCGGAUGGCAUAGAUCCCCAUAACCCACACGCUCUUGAAUGCGCAUCCAUCCGCACCUUCUUUCAGUACUUCCAUGAUGACAAACUCAUCUCGCCCUUCUUCACCAUCAGCAACUGGAUGCGGCUUGCCUCGUCAACAGAAUUUGAUGAAGAUCUGCCAAUCUCUACCUACUGGUCCAAUUCAGAAAUGACACAACUGGUCAUUGGCCCCACAACAAUCACGAUUGAGGCCGUGCAGCGAGCCCUCAGAAUCGCAAUCUCAUCCAUUAAUGGUGUCAUCCAUACAUCUCUCCAUGGCGCUUUGUUCCCCGAUUUCCCCCAGUAUACACUCAUGGACAUGGCCGAAAACACAUCCGUUGGGUUCAACUAUCUUGUGGCCUCUGAAAACAUGCAGAUUCGCCACUUCAAACUGCUCCAAGAUUGGAUGCUCAAUCAUUCUUCCUUUGGUGUUGCUCCUCCGGCCUGGGCAUUGGCUGUUUCCUUUAAAGACGGUCAAUUCUGGGUCAACUUGGACGAUGUCUGCUCAAAGAAACAUGCCUGGGACUGGCUUGAAAGUGCCGACCUCAUUCUUGAGCACAUCUACUUCAUUUAUCGCGUUGGCUGUGGUCUACCUGAUUGUAAAACUGAAGAAGCUGCUACUCUGAUCAGAAAUCUCCAUUCAGCUCCAAGAAACAUCUACUGGCGGGAAAACAGAUUUCUAUUUCAAACCAACCGCCACAACAGGCCAAGCCAAGUCUACCUCACCACAGACCUAUCGAUGCAUUUGCACAAUUAUCUAGCUUACAUUCGCCCAGUUCAAAUGCUUCUUCUCAGGGCUCUCAACCAACAUGACACUGCCAACACCAUGUUCAGCUUCCUUUGGGUUGGCAGUAGACAAGGCACUUGGGACAUGGCCCAGUUUGACCAGAUUCUUCAAAAACAAUGUUUCCUUGCUGGGUUAGAGAAGAUAGGACUUUGUGCUUGGAGGCAGGCUUCGGUUAGCAUUGCCCAUGCUCAUCUGGCGGCCAAAAUACCAGCCUCAUUGUUUUCUACCGAGGGUGGUUUGGUCAACCCUACAAACUAUAGCCAAUAUGCAGAUGCAAAUUUCCUCAAUGCAAGUCAGGCAUGGCAAGCCUAUUGGGGAAUUGAAUCUCACUUGGCUUGUCAGAAACCAUUGCUUCCGGUACCCGACACCUUGGCUCCGGCAAAAAAAGCUCAACAAGCUCUUGCGAUUUUCACUCAAGACCCCGAUGCCAGCUUCCGUGACGACUUCCAGGGCGAGUGGUUAUCAUGCCUCUUCAUGAUUCAAAUCCAGCAGAUUUCCCUGGUAGAUCAAACUGUCAAAGACUUCAAGAAGCUCAAAACCGUCUCGUUUCAGCACUUUGAGAAAGGAAACUGCAUCGAUCUUCUGGCCCAAGUAAUCAUUGCAACUACAAAUCAGGCUGCCGACCCUCACUUCUGCAAUCAGCUACGCUCUUGCUUGCCCACCCGCAUCAUCAUUGAUGAGGCACACUCAUUCCUUGAAGACGGAUACCGUGGAUACAUGCCUGGAGUCACAGCACUCACUCAGCUUUCCACUCAACUCAUCCUCACAACAGCCUCGUUGCCUCAUUCUCAAGAAGACGACCUCCUGCGAAUCACCUUUGGACUGCGUCGCUUGAUCACCAAACGGCAGCCCACUUUCAGACCAGAACUCAACAUUGAGGUCUUGAGAUCCCCUGCAAAAUGGGAACAACUUUCUUCAGUCAUCCAGCCCUUGAUCAACUCUUUCCUGCUCGGCCCCAAAGACCGUGCAAUGAUCUUUAUCGAAAACAAGAAUGCUGUUGAGCUUGUUGGGCCCCAAAUUGAGGCUGUCAUUCACCACUCGGAUCUGCCAGACGAUGUUGCAGCCGCGGCCGUAGAAAAGUGGAUUUCUGGUGAUGUUAAAUCAAUUGUUGCCACUAGCGGAUUUGGGACAGGAAUCAAUUAUCUUCAUGUCCGUCUGGUCUGCAUUUACGGCAUCCCCAACCGAGAAACAGCAAACAAGGCCUACCAACAACUUGGGCGCGCUGGACGGGAUGGCCACCAGGCUCACAUCUUCUUCAUUCCUGAGGUCUCAGACUCCCAUGGCGGAAUUGACGACUUCAAAAAGAAUCUGAUGAAUCCUGCGCUGUGCCCUGCUAACACCUUUGCUCAACAUCAAGACAAUCUCAACUGGUCUUGCAGGAACUUUCCCCCAUUCCUUCGUUGUGUCUGUUGCUCAAGAUUAUCAGCCAACCCAGCUUUACAUCCAUCCCCUUUAUCCUUGUCCCAGCCAUCUUCAAUUCCCGAUUGGUCCCCCGAUCCAUCAGCACCAAGCAAUUCAUACACCUCCUCAUGUACUGUUUCAGCCAAGGCCACACUAGGUGCACAUGUGGGAUCAGGUCUGGCUCAGUCUCGCAAACGUAGACGCUUGGAAGACACAGAUCCACUGGCACACAAACUGGCCACCUCCAACAUUCUGGCGGCCGAAAGCUCCCUCUCAAUCACUUCACUGGCGAGAUCUGCUGAGCAAGCUCGUCUGCAAUCAAUGCCCAACAACAGAGUCAACUCAAACCAGAACAACCACGACAACUCUCUCAUCUCCCACGAGCUCGUCAAUCUUCAGAGGUUUAUUCGGAAGAUGAAGGGUGCUUGUGGUGACUGUUAUGUUUGGAAUAACACAAUCACUCCAGCACAUCCACGCCAAUGCAAACCAAUGCAUGGAAAGUGCUUGAGAUGUAGAGCUGGAAAAGGGUGGGCAAAUCACGCCCACAGUGGAACCGAGCAUACAACCAAGAACUGCUCCUCAACCAGCUUUUCAGCUUCUAUAUCAGAAGGGUCCAAAGGAGCACACGGGUUCAAUAUUUGCACCAGGUGUGGCCUCCCUGCUGGAUCCCAAGAUCGGUUCAACUUUCAUCCAAAUGGGAACGUCGGCCCAAACUGUGAAUCCGGAUUUGCUAAUAUUGCAGAGGCUAUUUGCUGGUAUGUAUACCGGGCUCAGAGAACUGAGCUUGGAAAGUGGUUCCCUACAGCUCCUUUAGACUCUGAGCCUGCAUUCUCCAAAUGGAUCGGUAUCACCUCUAAAGAUGUCAGUCCGGCUCCUUGGCCAAAUGGAAUCAAGUUGCUAUUGAGAUAUGAAGAAAAUAAAUAG